UUUCUUUUUGUAGGCUUAAACGAGAACACGUCGCCUUUGUUCAUCAGAGAAAAACGUAGCAAUUCAAAACCUCGGAACCUCCAUAGCUCGCUCGGAACAUUUUGAAGAUAUCUAUAUUUGUAAUGCACGCUGGACGGCUGGAGUACCUCUUUACUGAAAAUCCAACUCGAUAAUUCUCGUAAACCACCAGUCUCCGCUAAUUCAAAAGCUUUGCGAUCUUCCGAUCAGGCGGUUUCCAUCCGUGAUCACGGAUUCCACACAGUGAACGGUGUCUGAUGAAGUUGUCGCGGGAAAUUUGAUAAAAAUGGCCGUUGAUACAAUCAUCAUGAAUGGCUUAACAGAAGAAGAGGACAAGAGCAAAAACAAGAACGAGGAGAAGAAGGAAGAGGAAGAGAAGAAAAAUGUGGAUCCAGAUUUGUUCGUUUGUUUGCUUCAACCUGUCAGUGCCGAUGCUGAUCCUCAGUAUGUCGGCAUCAGGCGUCUCCUUCUCUCUCGGAAAGCUGAGUCUGGUGUUUAUCGCCGAAUGGAUUGGAGAUGCAAUGAAAAAGGCUAUGUGGCAUAUCGUAAUUACAUUCGCAGGCCAAGAAAUUGGGAAAAUCUGCACAUACCAAGCCACCAAAGCACUCCGGGGAAUAGCGGACGAUGGCUUCCAUCUUCAAGUCCACUCUCCCAUUUAUAUGAGGUGGAGAGCUGGAGUUCUAGCAGGGAUCUACCAAGCAGCAAUCUGGCUUCGGGUCACAGAACAAGCUUCAGCUCUAGCGUAAGUGAUAGUGAUCAUCCUCGUCGUCAAGGAGUUGAACCUGCAUAUUCUUUUGUCGGAAUGCAUUGCAUCUUUGACCAAUGCAAAGCAGCUGUUACGGUGCUGAAGUUUGGGAACAUGAGUUCUGAUCUACUAGCAUAUGGGGCAUCAGAUGGAACCUUGACAUUGUGUACUGUUUCUGAGCCAGCAUCAGUUAUCAAGCAGUUAAAAGGGCAUUCUAAAGAUGUCACAGACUUUGACUUCUCAUCGAAUAAUCAGUACAUUGCAUCAUCAUCCUUAGAUAAAACUGUGCGAAUAUGGGAGUUAUCAAAGGGCCUUUGCAUUCGAGUCAUAUAUGCAGUCUCUUCACAGUUGUGUAUUCGCUUUCAUCCUGUAAAUAACAACUUCCUUUCGGUGGGCAAUGCUAACAAAGAAAUCACGGUUUUUAAUUUCAGCACUGGGAGAAUUAUCAAUAAGUCUGUCUUUGACAAUGAGAUUACUUCUAUGGACCAUGAUCACACCGGGCAGCUUAUUUUUUGUGGAGAUGCGCAGGGGUGCAUAUACUCGGCAACUAUGGAUUCCCACACUGGUGCAUUAUCUCGUUCCCAUCGCCAUCGUAGUAGCAGCAAGCGUAAAUCUCCUGUCACAACUGUCCAAUACAGAAGUUUCUCUCUGCUUGCACAUGGCCCCGUGUUGCUCACAUGUACUCAAGAUGGAAGUUUGUCUUACUUCAGUGUUGCGUUGGAAAUAAAAGGUUAUCUAACUCCUCGUUGCUCACUCAAGUUAUCUCCACGGUUACACACUAUCCAGGCUUCUUUCUGCCCUUUGCUUUCCCUGGAAAAAGGAGAAUAUAUAGUUUCUGGAAGUGAGGAUUCAAAUGUCUACUUCUACGAUUUAACUCGGCCGAGGCAUACCUGUGUUAACAAACUACAGGGGCAUCGUUUUCCGGUUAUAGGUGUUGCCUGGAACCAUGGGGAGAACUUGUUGGCUUCAUCUGAUAUGUAUGGCAUCGUUAUUGUAUGGAAGAGAUCCAAGAUGAGUUAGAAGAGGAUACAAGUUUCCAAACACAUAUAAUCAAGCCGCGUAAAAUAAGAUUUGGUUUUUGUUUGCCUGAUAGAACCAUUCUUUUGUAAAACUGCUGAGCCAUUUAGCGAUUCACAGAUUACAAAUAUAUAUCAUGAUUCAUUUCAUUGUCCUGGACAUUGGGGUCGACUUUUGCAAAUUUUGUUCUUAUUGUCUACAAAUUCUGAUGAAUUUAUCAAAAUGAAACCACCUUCAGAAAGUGAUA